AUGUAUGUCAACAGUUUUAAACACAAAGCGUAUCCUACGAUUAUUCCCACUGCGACCGAUGAUGAUGCAACUCUCGAGCGCAAGUGGCGCGAAUGGGUGGAACAUGAGUCCUUCAAAAGACUUGCUCAUCACAUCUUCAUUCACGACACCCAAGCAUCUGUUUUGCGAUCCACAAAUCCACUUAUAUCACAUAUGGAGCUCGAUCUCCCCACGCCGUUCUCACGCAAACUUUGGGAUGCGAAGACCGCCGCGCAACGGAGAUCUAUUUAUCUCCAAGAGGUUCCAAAAAGGUUAUUACCCGUACCAUCCCUGGCCGCCAGCUUGCAAAAUAUCCCAAAUCUCAGCCACUUUCCUCGUCAUGGAGAUUUCCGAAUAGCCGCACUAGCAAGUGUCCACGGCAUAUCAACGAUGAUAGCACACGGCAAACAAGCAUGUCACGAACCAUCUGGAGAGUGGAGCGCGCUGGUCAUGAAGAUCUGGCAGCAAGAACUACUGCAAGUUCUAGAGCAAUUCGAGAUUGUCGCAGUUGAGCCUGUACAGCGCCUGAUACCGGCCGUACCGCUUAUCUGCCAAACCGUCUCACUUUCGUUAUACCUGCCACUGGGUAUCCUUGAGACCUUCUCAGGGAAAGACGGUGAAAAACGGUCAUUUGAUGUAUACCAGUCAUUUAUUCAACGAAUCAGUGCUGGAAAUCUGCGACAAGCGAGCUGGCAUGCUGGCCAGGUGCUGGGCAUCGCAAGAUCUAUGCCUCUCGGGUCACUCACUGACUUUUGUGCUACUUGCCUCUACUUUUCUGCGCUUGCAUUAUGGUCCCUGGGCGCCAUUUUGUCAUCGAAUAGUCCCGCUUGA